GUCAAACAUUGUUCGCGCACGCUUUCGUCAGAAAACAUGGCCUCGAUACUGCGGUCGAGCAAAUUUGUGCGAUAUUUUGCCGGUUUCGCACGAAAUUUAGUGUUUAGCACUGCACGGGAAACGGAAAGCAGCUUCGUUCAGCAAUCGCAGUGUUUGUGCGGCAAUUUCACAAGUGGAUUUGCAACAGCGGCUACUAAGAGUAAGAAUGGACUUGAUAGGUCUUUGAAGCGGCUGGACGAAGAUGUGCGCCGUUCGGGACGAAUCUCUCGGCGGGACCUAGAGGAGGUGCUGGAAGAAAUCCGCAUUAAUCGUUCGGCAACCAGCGCACAGUCUCUAUUGGUGAUUAGAUGUUGUGGAAAUCUCGUCCCGGAAGAGCUACCCGAGGUGCGCACCGCACUUGUGCAGGAGAUAUGGAAGACGUUAAAGAACCUGAACGUUGCUAUGGACGUGUCCCAUUACAAUGCAUUGCUACGGGUGUAUCUUGACAACGAGCAUCCAUUUUCACCGACGGAAUUUUUGGCCGACAUGCAAUCGUUGGGUAUUGAACCAAACCGUGUCACCUAUCAGCGACUGAUCUCACGCUAUUGCCAGCAGGGUGACAUUGAGGGUGCGACUCGUAUUUUGGAGUUUAUGCGUGAGAAACAACUCCCCGUAAAUGAGUAUGUCUUCAAUGCGCUUAUUAUGGGUCAUUCGCAAGCAGACGAUUUGGAAUCGGCUACGGGAAUAUUGGCCGUAAUGGCUCAAGCUGGUCUUCAACCUUCAGCCGACACGUACACGACACUGCUCUGUGGUUACGCUCGAAAGGGUGAUAUUGAUUACAUUUGCAAGACGAUUGAUUCCUGCGAACAGAAGGAAAUAUUCCUGCUCGAUAAGGACAUUCUAGAAAUCAUCUACUCACUCGCCACCAAUGGAUAUCCGGAGAAAGUUGACCAGCUGGUGGAAAAGAUUCGUCGCCAAGCCGGCUACAACCAAGACGCUGUAAACGUAAUCCUUCGACUGAUCAACAGAGGUCAUGAAGAAGUUUGCAUGAAGCUGCUCCGUACAAUGCCUCGUGCUUCGAAAAAUGAUGGAGAGCUGGCCAACACUGGAAGCUUCCUAGUGCGACAGUUAGUGCGCGCCAACCGACCAGCCGGCAAGGUGAUUGCGAUUUGCAAUGAACUACAGGAAGGUGGAAUGAACGAUCGAUCGUAUCUCAUCGCACUUGAGACGGCCCUGAAAGGUGGUGCGGUAGAGUUAAGUUUCGCCCUUUUGGAGGAACUAACCAAACAGAAUCAACCGAUCCGGCAACAUUUCUUCUGGCCGCUAAUGUGCAGCACCAAUCCCGCCAUGACCAAAGAGGAACGUACGGAGAAUGUGCUGCAUGUGCUGCGUACGAUGUCGGAUAAAUUCAACAUCUAUCCGAGCAGUGAAACGGUGCGCGAAUAUGCCGUUCCGAAUCUUCCGGUAAAUAACAAUGAGAUCGUAAUACAGCUACUGCGCAGUGCUGGUAUCUCGCCAGCCGUUGCCAGUUCUAGCUGUGCGUACGUGGCGCUUGAACGGAACAACCUGAAAGAGGCAGCAAACAUCGCUUCCCGGUAUCGUGCGUUCUAUCCGCCCGGUGUGUAUCGUAAACCGCUCGUGCAAGCGCUUUUGCAUUCACGAGACUUUGAGUCUUACGUACGCUUCGCACGUGCCCUGCACGAUGGACUGAAGCGUGCGCGUUCCACCGAAGAGGAAAGCGAACAGGGAGCGGAUGGAGAGAACGGAAGCAGUAUCGAAGCACUGCAGGCCGAAACGAUGGGUAAUCUGAUUUAUGACGCCGUAUCUACCUUCAAAACCGAGCGUGUGGAGGUGAUGCAGAAGAUUCUUACCGGCUUCGUGUCCCAAGGUUUAUCGAUCAGCAAUAAUAUGGCCGAGAAAAUCCAAGAACGAAUGGGCAGCGAGAUGACGGCGGAAAUUUCUGGCAUGUUGUCCAAAUUAGCUGCAGGAGAUUUGGAACUGGUCGAGCUGGAACGCACACCAACGCAGGGACAGCAGCGAGUAAAAACAUCGAUUUCGAGCCUUUCCGUGCCUCAGCUCGAGCGGCUUAUUGCCGAUCUGGAGUCUCGGAAGGAGAACGCUAACACCGUUAAGUCGCAGCUGAUUCGUUCGGUCAUUCGAUCGAACGACAUCGCCAAGACGAAAGAAGUGUUGCAGAAACUGGAGAGCGAAAACUACGUCAUUAGCCCGGGAGUUUACGGGUUAGCGAUUGACAUGUUCGCUACAAACGGCAAGGUAGAGGAAGCUUUCGAACAGCUGGCAAGUGUUAAAGCCAAACAGCCGGACUUUAUGCUGGAUCGUGUGAAGAUUGUACGGUUGGCUAACGGUUUGCUCGAGGGAGAACGCUUCGAUGAUGCACUUCGCUUCCUGGAAGAAAAUGCCCCUUCAGCAAUGGAGCCCGCUAAAGACGAUAACCAGCGGGAGGUAGAUUUUGUGUAUAACAGCGCCUGUUGGCGUCUACUCAACACGCUUGCCGAAAAGGGUAACGUGCAGCAAGUGACCCAAAUGUUCGACCAUCUGCUGAGCAAAGGUUACAUUACACCGCAAAACAUAUUCCUGGGGUCGCUCAUCAAGGUGCACCUGGUACGCGAUGAUCUUCCUGCGGCAAUGAGCAAUUUUGCGGAAAUCUGUCAAAAGUAUCGGCUAACGCCGUGGAAAACGGAACUCACCUGUCGCCUGAUACAAGCGGAAGAUGCCACGAAUUUGCAGCGCUUGACCGACCUCAGCACGGAGGUGCACGGUGAGGUGAACAGUCUGUACGAUCUCGUGUUCGCUUUUGUGGACUGUGGACGCAUUCGGCAGGCACGGAAGAUUCUCGAAACGCCUGGUUUACGCACACGCUACCAACGCAUACAGACGGCGUGCGAACGUUACCAGCAGGAAGGAAAAACGUCCAGCCUGGAAGGGUUGAUGGAAGCGACGAAGGAUCUGAGCCAUAUCGAUCGAAGCGAAAUUUACCAUAAACUUCUGCAGAGUUACAUCGGUGAGAAGGAUGCGGUUAAAUCGCUUGGAUUGUGGACACGCAUGCAGGAAGAAAAUGUUACCCCGUCCGAUGCUUUCUUGGCGGAGUUGGGAGAAUUUUUGAAGAGCAAUGAUUAUGAAGUUCCAUUUGCUAUGCCAGCGCAGCCAUCUGUACCGGCCGGAGAUAGCCAACCGAAGCCAAAGACAAAGGCUGGACAAACUGCUGCACCCGGUUCUUCUGCGGCGAAAGAAUCUACCUUGAAGCAAGGUAACACGAAGCGUCUGCAGAUUACCGGUCCACUGCGUGAACUAAAGCAAGCUAUCAAAGCGAACGAUCCGGACAAAAUCCUUCUGGCAUAUGAACCGUUGAAAACAUCAACAACUAAACCAAAUCUCACGGAACAAUCGGCAAUAAUUGAAGCGCUGAUAAAUCGCGAUCGUCUCUCGGAAGCAUCCAAAAUGGUGCUUGCUCUGUUGGAACAGAAAUUAUUCCCCAUUCCGCGCACGUUUAAGUACUUCCUGAACAAACUUGCGAUCAGUGGCGAUGUGGAAACAUUCGAUCGUAUCGGCUCACUGAUCUCGGAUGACUUGAAGCGUUUGAUUUCCUUCGACAACAGACUCUGCCAUGCGAACGUAUCCAACGGCAAUGCGGAUCAGUACUUACGAAAGCUGGAAGAUGCAAUCGAGAAGGCAAAGGAUAAAGAGCAAGCGAUCGUUGCAGCGAAACACUUCCCGAUCGGUGGUGCGUCUGGCAUUCUUUCUCAACAUCCCGAACUGCACGAGCGUUACGAACAGUUGGCUGAAAAUUACGCCAAAUGGGGCCUGCUUGCACCAGUGAACGCUCUCUGGAUACACUACUUCAUUGCUGGACCAGCAGAAAAGGCAUCCACGAUCUGGAACCGUCACCUGUCGAACAGUUCCCGUAUUAUGUUCCAGAAGAUCAUUCAACAGGCACGCGACACAAAGGACGAUGCGCUGUGUCGACGAUUAAUUGACCAUCUGCACGAAUCGAGUGUAUCGGAGAAGGGUAAGGGUUUGAUCUACAGUUGCAUGAUUGACAUUCUGGUCGCAAAGGAAAACCCUGAAGAAGCACUGGCAGCGCUGGACGAUGGUCUUAAGGUGACCUGCCUGGAGAACGUCAAUCGGACGGCUUUGAAGCGGCUACAGGAAGCUCUAGUGGCGAAGGGUAAAUCCUUCCCGCAUACCAUUCCGGCGAAGAAUGCUAAAGCGGCACAGGAACCGUCGUCUACUAGCAGCAGUGACAGUGACAGCGAAAGCAGUAGUGACGAGGAACCCACCAAAACAGCAGCAGCAGUAACAGCAAAAUCUAGCAGUAAACCCAGCAGUAAAAAUUUGUCGUAAGGUCAACGGCUUGUUAUCCGAUCGGUUUGCGUUUUUAGUCGUAAGUAAUAGGCCAGAAAGCUAAGGAACAAAGCUUAAUAUACACUGGACGUUAGGUAACAGUUCAUCGUCUACAGAUUGAAAUCACCCAGCAUUAGUCAAAGUAUAGAUAUGUACGCGAAUAGCCAUAGUUGGUUUUUCGCUGUUCGCUUUGAAAGCGUGUUCAUAUCAUGGAGCACAAUAAAUUUCGAAGCAGUAACUUAA